CUUUCACCUCUGGCCGUCCACACUCACAGCAGCUGCUCCUGCUGGAGCUGCUUCCCCAGGGCAGACCCCGGGCCUGGGGGGCGGCAAGGUGGUAUCUGUGUGAGGAUCUCCUCCUGCCCCUGUGGGAAGGUGGCAUUUGACCGUCUCUCUGAUCUAAUCCUCUGAGCCAGUUGUACUUUUACAAGUUAUACAAGUGUCACUUUACAUCAAAAAUUUUAAAUGGUCAAAGGUGAUAAAAAAAAUAUGUAGAGCUGUCCUUACACAGGAAAGAUGAAGCCAAAAAUAGUCACUUCAGAAAAGUGUCCACCUCUAAACCUCACAAAUAUUGUCCUCACAUGUUUUCCAUAACUUUUCUGAAGUCAAAAAAGGAGGUUCGUAACACAUCCUGCAACAACUCACAAGACCAAUGAGCAAAACUAAUUACAGAAAAUAAAUCAACACUAAUAAGGGGUCUCCUGCACCAGCUCUUAGCACCAAGCAGGAAGGGAGGGCCUCCCUCAGCCUGCUGUUGGGGCAACACAAACACUGAUGAAGGGUAUAAAAGCUGCAGCCCUGAGCACCUCACUCACACUCACACACUCACACACACACACACACACACACACACCCUCCUCCAGCCCACCACCCACCAUGGCCACCUCCACCCUGUCCAUCUGCUCCAGCGACCUGAGCUACGGCAGCCGGGUCUGCCUGCCCGGGUCCUGGGGCUCCUGCACUGGCUCCUCCUGGCAGGGGGACGACUGCCCUGAGAGCUGCUGUGAGCCCCCCUGCUGUGCCCCCAGCUGCUGCCAGUCCAGCUGCUGUGCCCCGGCCCCCUGCCUGACCCUCGUCUGCACCCCCAUGAGCUGUGGGUGCAGCCCCUGCCAGUCAGCCUGCACCAGCUCAUGCACACCCUCCUGCUGCCAGCUGUCUAGCUGCCAGCCCUCCUGCUGCACCUCCCCGUGCCAGCAGGCCUGCUGUAUGCCCGUCUGCUGCAAGCCCAUCUGCUGCAAGCCCAUGUGCUGUGUGCCCAUCUGCUCUGGGGCUGCCCCCUGCCCAGCGCCCCCAUGCUGCCAGCCCACCCCCUGCCCCCCAUCCUGCUGCAGACCCACCUCCUGUGUGUCCCUCAUCUGCCGUCCCAUGUGCAGGCCCACCUGCUGCAUGCCCACCUCCCCCUGCUGUGCCCCCGCUUCCCCCUGCCAGCCCAGCUGCUGCCGCCUGGCCUCCUGUGUGUCCCUGCUCUGCCGCCCCACGUGCGCCCGCCCCACCUGCUGCUGACCCACUCGAUCCCCAGGCCAGAAGGGCUUGGUCCCUCAGCAGGAGGGGUGAGCACAGAGACACUGGCACUUAGCCUCCCCUAGGAGUUUAAACCCACAGAAAGAACACUUGUGGGGUAUCUUCUCUGUGUCCCAGGAAUCUGACAGCUGCU